UGACAUGUUCAAGUUACAACUUAUAUACAAGGAAAUUUUUUUUUUUAAUAUAUUGGAUGGAGAUAAAUGGAGGCAAACUGAGACUGCAAAGGAAAGGGAAAUGGAAAGCUCCAUUUCCUUAUCUCUUAUUAAUGAAACAAAUCUUUUCUAAUAUCGAAAAAAAGAUUUGAAAGGAAAAUAUAAGCUCACUUAUCCUUCUCCUCCCUCCUUUAUUUUCCGAUCAUAACGGCUACUCAAACAAAGUUUAAAGUGAAUUCUAAAAUGUAUAAAAAAGUUUCCUAAUUAAUCAAACUUUUUACAUUGGAAAUGGAUGUGGAUCAAUCAAUUCCAACUUUAAUCAAUAACUCUCACCACCAAUUUCAACAAAGUGAAACAGUAGAAGCGUCUUUUGAUGAGCAACUUGUUGCUACACUUGGUGAGGAUUUCCCAUAUCCUCUUUCCAUUGAGAGUCAUACCACCUCUCCUCAGUUUGAUUUUGACUGCGAUCCCAUCGAACAAUUUAUGCUUCCUCAAAUAACAAAAAACAACAAUUACAAUAAGGACAAUGAUAAGAUUCAUAGCUCAAAUGUCCAAGAAGAUAGGCAACAAUGCCUUAAUAAGGAAAAGACUAAGAACCAAGCAACAAGCAGUGGUACAAAGAGAAAACGACAACCAAACCAAGUGCAAGAUCAUAUCAUAGCCGAGAGGAGGAGGCGGGAGUUACUUAGUCAAAUGUUCAUUUCUCUAUCCACUAUUGUUCCCGGUCUUAAGAAGGUGGAUAAAACAUCGGUUUUGGGAGAGGCAAUUAAAUAUAUGAAGCAACUUCAAGAAAAAGUAAAGGUUCUUGAAGAUGUAGCUGCAAAGAGAACUGUUGAGUCUGUGGUGGUGGUUAAAAAAUCUCAAUUGAUAGUUGAUGAUGACAAAGGGUUGGAUGAUAACGAGUCUUCCUCCACUGUGGAUGACAAUUGUGAACAUGGUGUUAUUGGCUCCAAUGGUAAUGGUGGCAAUAGCAAUGAAUCAAAUAAUCAGGACAAUUCACUUCCAGAAAUUGAAGUUAAGAUAUCUGGAAAAACGCUGCUUUUGAGAGUAUAUUGCGAACAGCAAAAAGGAAUUUUGGCCAAGUUAUUUGCGGAGGUAGACAAGCACGAUAUGAAUGUUACUAAUUGUAGUGUUAUACCAUUUGGAAAUAUCGCUCUAGACAUUACAAUUUAUGCACAGAUGAAAAAUGGCUUCAACAAGAGUGUGAGAGAUUUUGUUAGAACACUUCACUCAGCAUUGCGAUUGGCUAGUCAUCGAGACCAUGUGUCACGUGAAGAUAAUCAUACCUAAUAGCCUGUCACUUGUUUAUCUUUGAAUUAUCAUUCCGAAUAAGACAUAGGACUUUUGCACUUUUUUUCAAUAAUAAGAGUCGUUUUCUUAAAGAUAAGGUAGUAUCUGUCUCAAGAGUCAAGACAUGUACACUAACAUACUAAUAAAUUUUGGUCCAUUUUUGUGUUAUAACAUUUUGUUGGUUAAUAGAUAUAAAUGGAAUGAAAAUUUCAUUUCAAAAUUUA